AUGGAUGUCCCGUCAACCCACUCUCAUCCCGUCACUGUCACCCCAGUCCCGUCACCCCACUCUCCUCCCGACACUGUCACCCCAGUCCCGUCACCCCACUCUCAUACCGUCACUGUCACCCCAGUCCCGUCACCCCACUCUCAUACCGUCACUGUCACCCCAGUCCCGUCCGCCCACUCUCAUACCGUCACUGUCACCCCAGUCCCGUCACCCAACUCUCAUCCCGUCACUGUCACCCCAGUCCCGUCACCCCACUCUCCUCCCGACACUGUCACCCCAGUCCCGUCACCCCACUCUCAUACCGUCACUGUCACCCCAGUCCCGUCACCCCACUCUCAUACCGUCACUGUCACCCCAGUCCUGUCCGCCCACUCUCAUACCGUCACUGUCACCCCAGUCCCGUCACCCCACUCUCAUCCCGUCACUGUCACCCCAGUCCCGUCACCCCACUCUCCUCCCGACACUGUCACCCCAGUCCCGUCACCCCACUCUCAUACCGUCACUGUCACCCCAGUCCCGUCACCCCACUCUCAUACCGUCACUGUCACCCCAGUCCCGUCCGCCCACUCUCAUACCGUCACUGUCACCCCAGUCCCGUCACCCCACUCUCAUCCCGUCAUUGUCACCCCAGUCCCGUCACCCCACUCUCAUACCGUCACUGUCACCCCAGUCCCGUCACCCCACUCUCAUCCCGUCAUUGUCACCCCAGUCCCGUCACCCCACUCUCGUCCUACCAUCUCCGCCCCCAUCCCGCCACAAUCACCCCCUCCACAUAUGUGA